AUGUCUUCUCCACGCCCUGCCUCCCCGGUGAACAACGCGGCCAACUCCGGCUCGACCACCGCACGUCCAUCAUCCCCGAAAGCACCCGGCGGUCCAGCGACCGCGAUCAGGAGAAAGGCGGCCGCAGACCGCGCGGACAAAGUCGCCAAUGCGCGACCAUCGAGCACGAGGGCGGCAGGAGCUGGUGGUAGCAGCAGCACAAUGUUGAGACUCUACACGGACGAGUCUCCGGGCUUGAAGGUUGAUCCCUUUGUGGUUAUGGUGUUGUCGAUUGGCUUCAUUAUCAGUGUCGUCGCUCUCCACAUCAUUGCGAAGUUCACGAAGAGAUUCUCUUCUUAG